CUGACCUCUGGGCUCAUGGAAAGAGGAAACCAGACCAGCAUCUUUGAGUUUUCCCUCUGGGGACUCUCAGAGAAGCCAGAGCAGCAGCAUAUCCUCUUCCUGCUGUUCCUGUGGAUGUACGUGGUCACUGUGACUGGGAACCUGCUCAUUGUCCUGGCCAUUGGCACUGACACACGUCUCCACACCCCCAUGUACUUCUUCCUUGCCAGUCUGUCAAGUACAGAGAUUCUAUUCACCUGCACGGUUGUACCCAAGGCCCUGGUGAACAUCCAGACCCAGAGCAGAUCCAUCUCCUAUGCAGGAUGCCUGACUCAACUUUACUUCUUCUUGACUUUUGGAGACAUGGACAUCUUUCUUCUGGCCACGAUGGCUUAUGAUCGCUAUGUGGCCAUUUGCCACCCUCUCCACUACAGGAUGAUCAUGAGCUUCCAGCGCUGUACCCUUAUAGUGACUGCCUGCUGGAUUCUGACUAAUCUCGAUGCCAUGACCCACACCUUCCUCAUGUUCCGCCUUUCCUUCUGUUCUAAGAAGAUCAUUCCUGACUUCUUCUGUGAUCUGGGUCCCUUGAUGAAAGUGUCUUGCUCUGAUACCCAGGUCAAUGAGCUUGUGCUCCUUUUCUUGGGAGGAUCAGUCAUUUUAAUCCCCUUUAUGCUCAUCCUGGUCUCAUAUAUCUUCAUAGUGUCAACCAUUCUCAGAGUUCCCUCUGCCCAGGGAAGGCUCAAAGCCUUCUCUACCUGUGGUUCUCACCUUGCUGUUGUUGUCCUGUUCUUUGGGACAGUGAUCAGGGCUUAUCUAUGCCCCUCAUCAUCUUCCUCCAACUCAUUAGAGGAGGACACAGCAGCUGCUGUCAUGUACACAGUGGUGACUCCCCUCUUGAACCCUUUCAUUUACAGCCUGCGGAACAAGGACAUGAAGGGUGCACUGGCCAGACUCCUCAGGGGCAGAGUCUUCUUCUCAUGGGGCCAGUGA